AUGGUUUUGGGGGAGAAUUUUAAGGCUUGCUGGUCUAUGGUCUCUAGGGAUGUGAUUGCUGUUGUGUGUAACUUCUUUGAGUUGGCCUUUAUUCCUCCUCACUUUAAUUCUAAUCGGACCAUUCUAAUUCCAAAGAAGUUGGAAGCGGAGAGUAUAUCUGAUUACAGGCCAAUAGCCUUGGCUAACUUUUUUUUUAUGGUUAUCACCAAGAUAUUGGCGAAUCGCUUGGGUCUGGUUGCCUCGAGGAUUGUCUCCCCCAACCAGAGUGCUUUCAUACGAGGUCCGAAAAUAUUACAAUUAAAUUUGAUAUUGCCAAGGCCUUUGAUACUAUUGAUUGGAGCUUCCUUCUACGGGUUCUCCGAGCUUUUGGCUUCGACCCAGGAGGAGGUUCUUAGAAGGGGUAUCUCGCAGCUCGUAACUCAAAAUAAUCUAGAUUGCAUGGCAGCUCCAGGAUCUUGCUCAACCCCAUCUCAUGUUUUGUUUGCAGACGACGUAAUGGUUUUCAUGCAGGCUAGCUCUCAUGGCCUCCAUGCUCUUUCAGAUUUUAUGGAGGAGUAUGCAGCCAAUUCAGGGCAGUAUGUUAAUAAGGAAAAAUCUCUCCUUUUUAUUGGACGGCCUAAAAGCAAAGGCGGCUUAAACUUGAAAAACUUGUUUGUUUUGAAUCAAGCUCUUCUUCUCAAGAGAGGGUGGGAUGUGGUAUCUAAAUCCUCUCCAUCUGCCAUCUUUCUACAUGAACGGUUUCUAGUGGAUGGGCUGAAGUCUUGUAGCUACUAUAAAAAGUCGUCUGUUUGGCUUGGGUUGAAGCAGGUUUUUCCAGAAAUUACAGCUUCGCUUACUUCCCAUACGCUGCCAGAUAAGCCGUUAAGUGACCAGGUGGUUUGGGCUAAAUCUUCAUCGGGUAUGUUAACUUCAAAGGAGGCAUAUAAUUCCCUUCUCCCUCUUCCUCCCUCUGUGGAGUAG